CAGUGCUAGGACUUCGGCUCUGGUUCUGCAUGAGGUCAAAAAACUAGAGAAUUUUGAGCAGGAAGUUGACACCAUCUGACUUAGAUUUUAGCAGAAAUAAUUGCUGUUGUGGUUCUUGUACCCAAAACUUAAGUCUCAUUUGUUCCUUGGGACAAUCUGCAGAGGAAUUAUUUUUGGACACGUAUUUGUACACAUAUUGAUCCUUUAGUUAGGUCUUUGGUUCAGCAAUGAAAUUUGACUCUACGGAGUCCCACUGAUGACAACAUUGAGGUUCUUAGGUGCGUAACUCACCCAAGGAUGGUCCAGCCAGCCGUGGCCAAGCUCUCCUAACUACGACUUCUUCCCAGGGGUGUGCUGUGGACACACCUUGAUGGGACCUGACAUAGGUCUCCCAUGCCAUCUCUGAAGCUGGGUAUGUUGGUGCUGACACCUGCCACCCUCAAGGCUCCCAGAAUCCAACCUUACGUUGUGCAGUCACUUUUUUUCAUAAAAGAGGCGGUCACUACAAUGGUGGGCUUUCUCCUUUAAGACGGUCACUGGGGGUGUUCUUGGCUCUUUGUGGGCUGUGUGUGAAGAAAAGGACCAAGUCCAGUCUCAUGAGCCUUAUGACUAUCUGAUGGAGGUGGCUAAGCUGCCAUCUCAGAAACAAAAUCUCAGCUUCUUAGUUCAUUGACUAGAGGGUGAAAAAGCACAGAAUUUUGAAAGGCUAGGAAAGCACUUUUCUGAAUGCCUGGCUACUUGAAAAAUAGUUUACUUGCUUCUGCUAUUCAGGGAUUUCCAUGGCCAACUUGGAUUGCUUGACUUUAUUUCAGAAGAACUUGCAUGAUAAGGCAUAUUUAACUUAGAAUGACCUAUUGUCCUUCUCCUCAAUCCCUCUCUUGAAUUUUGAGAAAUCUGCAGCUGCUUAGUACAUUUCACUGUCCUGGGUUUCUGGAGGGACCUCUAUUGCUUCUGUCAUGAAUGAUCUCAAAUUUAAUGGCUUAAAACACAAAUGUAUUAUCUUAUAAUUCUGAGAUGGAGGUUAAAAGUCCACAGUUGGUCUUGGUGGGAUAAAAUCAAGGUGUGGACAGAGCCCUGUUCCUUCUGGAGACCCUAGGGGCUCAUUUAUUUCCUUGUGGCCCCUUCCUUCCUUCAUCUUCAAAGACUCCUCUGACUUCUGCUUCUUUGCCACAUCUUCUCGGACCUGACCCUCCUGUCUUUAUCUUAAGAUCCUUGUAAUUCCUGUGAGCCCUGUGUACUCCAGGGUAUUUAACCUCCUCUCUCAAACCCCUUAACUCGCAUCUGCAAAGUCCUGUGCCAUCAAAGAUAAUAGUCACAGGUUCCAGGGAUUAAGGAUGUGGAUAUUUUUGGGGGGAAGAGGGGUAGAUUAUUCUUUCUUCCUCACUCUCUACAUCUGAUCUGAUAAUCUAAUGCAAAUGCAGUUUGUGAGGCUAGAGAUGGCACAGGAGCCAACCAGAGAAGGCCUCAAAUGCCAGAAUAAGAGCUUGGAUUGCAUUGAGGAUAGUUGGGAAACCAACCAGUUAGAUUAGAUUCUACCUUCUAAACUUCUCUAGAAUCUGUCCCUUGUUCUCUUCCACAUUAUCACAGCCCUACUUUAGGCCACCUUCGAGUUUUACAAGAAUUUCUUCAGUUCUCUUUUCAGGUCUCAGAGUUUUGCACCUUCAUUUUAUAGCUAAACACAGAUCUUCCUAAAGUUAUCUAGAAGUCAAUCUGACCAGUCCUCUGCAUGGAGUCUUCAUAGUCUCCAGCUGUCUUCUAUUCUAUCCAAGCUCCUUCCUAUUCCUAGCAUUUGAGCCCUGCCUGGUUGUCUCCGUGACCCUCUAGCUUCAUCCAUGUUUCCAAACCUGAACUACAGGCAGUUCCCCACCGUGACCCCCUGAGAGCCUUUGCUCAGGCUGUCCUUCCUGCGGGGGAUGUCUUUCCCACUCUUAACUACCUGAAGAUACCCAUGAUUCUUCCAGAACUCGACUUAAGCAUCACCUCUCUAGGGAACCUUCUGCCUGCCCCCCUCCAAUGAGUGCUCCCCUCUGGGCACCUCUGCUCUCCCAAUGGACUUUCACCUGCAAACUCCUUUUGUCCAUUCCAUCUUCUUCCCACCUAUUAUAGAUGGGGCUCUGGUUGUGGCUGAGAUCCUGUCUAUCACCAGCAGACUGUACGGGGCUGGACCCACCACAAACCCCUUAAAAUGUUGGAGGAAUGAGAGUGCUGCUGGGUCCCUCGCAGUCUUUAGGAGACUUGGUGCACUGAAGUUGCAUGAACUUGGGUUAACGUACAAACACUCCAAGAGCUGUCCGUCCAUGGGCAAGUCAUUGGAAUUGUGAGCCUCGAUUUCCUCAGCUCUGCCUACCUCGUGGGAUUCUGUGAAAUAACAUGUGAGGUGUCUGGUAUAGUGCCUGGCUUACUGUAAGUAAGGGCUCAAAUAUGCAUCAUCCUUGCAACCAAGAAGCAGAGGAGAGAACAGUGUCCAGUUAGUGAAUAGGAGAAUAGGAACAGGGAGGUAAGAGAGCAGGAGAAAAAACUUCUGAGACCCAAGUGUGCUUGGGUUUCUAAAACGGUGCUGGCCACUUAGUAUGCCCUGUGCAAAGUCAAGUGAGGCGGAUGGGGGUGGGAUGACAGAGCAUGGAGCCAAGGCCCAGCCUCCCCUGACUGCUGGAAUGUGCCAGCCCCCAGUGACAUCACAAUCCUGAGUGGCUGCUGAGGCCCUGCUGGAGGUGGGCCCUCAUUUCUCUCCACUGAGCACACCGAUGUGGAAGCGAGAAAGGUGAGCAAGGAAGGCAGAUGGCAACGAAGAACAGCUCAAGCCCCAUGCCCGCGGGCACGGCCCAGGGUGACCCCGGAGAGGCAGGCACGCUGUCAGGCCCAGAGGCUGGCAUCCGGGAUAGAAGCUCAGCCACUCAGCUGAAGGCCAAGCCCAAGUACGUGCGCAGGGUCAAGGCGCUCAUCAUCGACCUGGGCUCGCAGUACUGCAAGUGUGGCUACGCGGGCGAUCCGAGGCCCACCUACUUCAUCUCCUCCACCGUGGGCAGGUGCUGCUCCCAGGUGGGCGACGCCCACAAGAACACCUACGUGGGCCACGAGCUGCUCCACGUGGAGGCCCCCCUGAAGCUGGUGAACCCCCUCAAGUACGGCGUGGUGGUGGACUGGGACUGCGUCCAGAGCAUCUGGGAGUACAUCUUCCACACGGCCAUGCGGAUCCUGCCCCAGGAACACGCCGUGCUGGUCUCCGACCCACCGCUCAGCCCCAGCAUCAACCGGGAGAAGUACGCCGAGCUCCUGUUCGAGACCUUCGGCAUCCCCGCCAUGCACGUGACGUCCCAGUCGCUGCUGUCCAUCUACUCGUACGGCAAGACCACGGGCAUGGUGGUGGAGAGCGGGCACGGCGUCUCGCACGUGGUGCCCAUCUCGGAGGGCAACGUGCUGCCGGGCCUGGUGGGCCGCGCCGACUACGCGGGGGGCGACCUCACCAACUACCUGUUGCAGCUGCUCAACGAGGCGGGCCACAAGUUCACGGACGACCACCUGCACAUCGUGGAGCACAUCAAGAAGACGUGCUGCUACGCGGCCCUGCAGCCUGAGAAGGAGGUGUGCCUGGCCUUGGAGGAGCUGCGCGUGGACUACGAGCUCCCCGACGGCAAGGUCAUCACCAUCGGCCAUGAGCGCUUCCAGGGCGCAGAGAUGCUCUUCAAGCCCGCGCUGGUGGGCAGCAGCCUGCCGGGCCUGCCCGCGCUCGCGGCCGCCUGCCUGGGCCACUGCCAGGAGGCCGGCCUGAAGGAGGAGAUGGCCGCCAACGUGCUGCUGUGCGGCGGCUGCACCAUGCUGGAGGGCUUCCCCGAGCGCUUCCAGCGGGAGCUGAGCCUCCUGUGCCCCGGGGACAGCCCCACAGUGGCUGCGGCUUCCGAGAGGAAGACCUCCGUGUGGACCGGGGGCUCCAUCCUGGCCUCCCUGCAGGCCUUCCAGCAGCUCUGGGUCAGCAAGGAAGAGUUUGAGGAGCGGGGCAGUGCGGCCAUCUACGCCAAGUGCUGAGCGUGGCCCGGCAAGCCAGGCCUCGGGGGCAGGCGACCGUAGGCCACUCUAUACGUUUACAGAGUUUCACAUAAACAUUUAACACAACGGCUCUUGUCCCGUCUGGAUUUCUUGCCUUAGGAGGUGAUGGGGAGUUGGGUUUAGAGGUAGCAGCACCUUUUGCUCUGCUGGGUGGGGAGCAGUAGGGAUAGAAGGUGGGUGGCCCCUCUCCUCAUGAGGGUGACAUCAUCUCAGAGCCCCAAGGAUGGCUUCCUGUUCCGUUAGCUCCUCUGGGUUCAAAACCCAAUUCAGCAGACAUGUUGCUUGCUCAUCUGUCCAGGAACCAUGUGGGACAUGAAGGCUUGGAUUAAGAGGCCAGCUUGGGUUAUGUAGUUAAGUGGAGGGGGGAAACUGACAAGCAGGUGUCUGACUUCAUCUCCUGGCACCUGCCCACAGCUGCAUCAUUGCUGAUUGCCCCGGCUCCCUGCCUGCCCUCCCCUCACUGCCUGCCCUCUCCAGAGGCACAGCCCAUAGGUGUGCCUUCUCCUGAGUGGAGGGACCAUUUCCACCCGUCUGCCUUCCAAUGUCAGCCAAAAUUGCAGCUGUUUCUGCAGUCACUGAAUCCAGAAGAUGUCGGAGGAACCAGAGGGUCCUUUGGAAAUCACGUGAUUCUCUCCCUCCUGCUCAGGUGAGGAAGCUGAGGACUGAAGACGGGGAGGGUGAGGGCCGUGGCAGUGGAUGAGUCCAGGUUUCCUGACUCAGAGCGUAAUUAUUUCCAGAAAGGCAAACACAGUUACUGUAGCUUGGGCUGCUAUAAAAAAAAUUCCACAGACCAGAUGGCUUAUAAAUAGUAGAAAUUUAUUUCUUACAAUUUUGGAGACUAGAAGUCCAAGAUUAGGGUGGCGGCAUGGCAGGGUUGUGGGGAAGGCCCUCGUCUGGGUUGCAGACUGCUGAUAUCUUGCUGUGUUCUCACAUGGUGGAAGGGCUGAGGGAUAUGUGUGGGGCUUUUUAAGCACUAAUCCCAUUCCU